AUGAAGCUUCACAUGUUAUGGCUCGUUUUCGUAUUAAUAGUUGUUGAAACAAAUGCAACGAAGCAAGGAAAGAAUGCAACAAUCCCAGCACUAAUAGUAUUCGGAGAUUCAAUAAUGGACACGGGUAAUAACAACAAUCUCCCUACUCUUCUAAAGUGCAACUUUCCUCCCUACGGCAAGGACUUUAUCAGCGGCCUCGCCACUGGAAGAUUUUCUGAUGGAAGAGUUCCCUCUGAUCUAAUUGCGGAAAAAUUGGGAUUGGCUAAGACAUUGCCAGCAUAUAUGAACCGAAAUUUGAAGCCCAAAGAUCUUCUUAAAGGUGUAACAUUUGCAUCUGGAGGAACUGGUUACGAUCCAUUAACAGCUAAGAUUAUGUCAGUGAUUUCGGUGUGGGAUCAACUAACAUAUUUCAAAGAGUAUAUAUCAAAGAUCAAGAAAAAUUUUGGAGAAGAAAAAGCCCAAAAUAUCUUGGACAAUAGUUUUUUUGUUGUGGUUUCUAGUAGCAAUGACCUUGCUCACACUUAUUUAGCUCAAUCUCAUAGAUAUGAUCGUACUUCAUAUGCCAAUUUCUUAGCUGACUCAGCAGUCAAAUUCGUAAGAGAAUUACACAAACUUGGAGCUCGGAAAAUUGGAGUCUUUAGCGCAGUGCCUGUUGGAUGUGUACCACUACAAAGAACAGUGUUUGGAGGUAUAUUUACAAGGGGAUGUAAUAAACCAUUAAAUAACAUGGCAAAACAGUUCAACUCAAGACUUUCUCCAGCACUAGAUUCUUUAGAUAAAGAAUUGGAUGGUAUUAUCCUCUAUAUUGAUGUUUAUGAUACUCUUUUCGACAUGAUCCAACAUCCUAAAAGAUACGGUUUUGUGGUAGCUGAUAGAGGAUGUUGCGGUAUAGGCUCUCUUGCAAUAUCUUAUAUGUGCAACUCACUAAAUCCAUUCACAUGUUCAAAUUCUUCGGCAUAUAUAUUUUGGGACAGCUACCAUCCGACUGAAAGAGCUUAUCAAGUAAUUGUUGACAAAUUACUCGACAAAUAUUUAAGCAAAGUCAUUUGA